CGGCAGCCUCCACAACAGCGUAACGCCAUGGGCAGCCCGAAUCUCGAAGUCCUUUCCAAAGAGCAGCUUGACAAGUUCUACGACGACGGAUAUCUGCGCAUAUCCGGUUUCCUCACCAGCGGCCAAACAGAUGCUCUUCUGACCCGCGCAAAGCAGCUGCUUGACAACUUCAGCAUCGAGGAUCACCCCAAGACGAAAUUCACGACCGGGGAUGAUAACCACGUUGGCGACGACUAUUUCCUCACGUCUGGCGACAAGAUUCGCUUCUUCUUGGAGGAAGACGCCCUCGACAGUAACGGUAAGCUGACCAGACCGAAGCAGAAAGCCGUAAACAAGAUCGGACACGCCUUACAUGAACUCGACCCCGUGUUUCGAAGUGUUACGCUCGAGAAUCCCAAGAUGAAGGCACUCGUUCGGGAUCUCAAGUUCCACCGCAAUCCUGUGGCUUUACAGUCCAUGGUGAUAUGCAAGCAGCAGGAGAUCGGCGGAGAAGUGCCUGAACACAAUGACUCCACCUUCCUCUACACCAACCCCCCUUCCGCUCUCGGUUUCUGGAUCGCUCUGGAGAAAUGCACGCCCGAAAACGGCGCCCUCUCCUUCCUCCCAGGCUCUCACCUAACCACGCCCAUCUCGAAACGCUUCGUCCGCCUCCCCAACGGCGGAACCGGCUUCGAGCAGCUCCUCGAUCCCUCGCAGGUGCCCAAACCCAAGGGUAAGUACGUCCUGGAAGCAUGCAAUCCAGGCGACUUGGUCCUGAUACACGGUAACGUCUUGCACAAGUCGGAGCGUAACACAAGCCCGAACACCCGGUUCGCGUAUACGUUCCACAUGAUCGAGUCGCCGCCGUAUGCGGUGUACGAUGAGAAGAACUGGCUGCAACCCACGCUCGAGAUGCCCUUCUCGAGGAUAUUGGAUGUUCCGAAUCCUGCGACGAUUGCACCGCCUGUUGCUUAG